AGAACAAACUCUAAAAAGUUAAUAAAUAAAUAAUAUGAAAUUGUUUACGAGAUGAGACUAUAGGAGCUGAGUCUGAGUUUAGAGAUUCCCCGGUUCAUUUUCCCAGUAAAAUAUGUAUAAUAUUUUUCAAAGUGUACAUAUUAUUAAUAUUAUUUUGAAGAAAUAAAAAAAUAGUGGGAGAGAGGGACUAGUUCUUAAAGCUUCAACAAACGAUUAAACAUAACAAUCCAAAAACUGAUUUUUGUUUUUGAGUAAAAUACCAUAUUUUUGGAGCCAAAAAAAAUAGACUUUCUUCUGCUACUCUACUACCUAGUGCCUAAGAGAAAGAAAAAGAGAGGCUAGUUUCUGAAGCUGGCCAGAGCAGAAGCCAAGCUACUGUACCCUUUGUUCUUGCUGGUGCUGUUUCUACGCCGGGAAUCUCGGUUUUCUUUGGGCUCCUUUCAUGGAUGCUAUGCUUGUGCUUGAGCCCACUUGUAUAGUAUAUUCUUAGUUCUUUUUUUAUGUUUUAAUAUUCUGGUGGAAGACAGUAUAGUUUGUCUAUUUGAUAUUUCAGAUCUAUCUGUAUUAUUAGUUUAGGUUUCAGGAUUUUUGAUCCCAUUAGAAAAUGGAAGUUGUAGCCGCUAAACCCUUCAAAACCUCUUCAAACAUAUCUGAAUUUGUUUCAAAAUUUGCCAAGGUCUGUAAAUUAAGGUCCAUUGGUGUGUUUGCCUCUGAAAACAAUGCCUCACUUGUUGUUGAUGAUAAUAGCCGUGAUUUGACAGAAGAGACUGGAUUUGAGGGUCAAAAAGUUCAUCCCCACCCUGCUGAAGUUUCGGGGAAGAACAAUGGCGAAACAGAAAUGGAGAAGUUGUUUGAAAUUGUUUCAGCUCUGAAAUCAUCAUAUAUUCGGCUUCAAGAAGCUCACAUUCCCUAUAAUCCCAAGUUGAUUAUAGCUGCCAAUAAACUUGUUGUGGCUGAGCUCGAAGCGCUCUGCAAGAUCAAGCGCGCCUACAAGGAGAAGCAAUUUAGAAGAUUCGAGUCUGAUUUGUCACACAUUGCUCUACUGCAGGCGAAAAUCGAAGUAAAUGAGGGGUUUGUUGAAGAAUUGAAGUUCCAAGUGAAAGCUAAAAAUUCCGAGAUCAAACAACUGGCACAAGAGCUUAGAGAAUUAGAUAAUGGCAAUGCAAAACUUGCUGAGAAGGUCAAGCAGAUGAAUGUGGAAAGAAAGUUUGCUGUUGUAUACAAUGUCAACACAUUUCAGAAAGCCUUUGCAGCCACUUCUAAGUCAAUUCAUGAUUUCGCAAAGCCAUUAAUUAGCCUGAUGAAAGCUUCAGGUUGGAAUUUAGAUCUGGCUGCUAAGUCUAUUGGAGGGGAAGUUGUUUACUCAAAAAGGUCUCACAAGAAGUAUGCAUUUGAAGCCUACAUAGGGAGAAGAAUGUUUAGUGGGAUGACCUUACAAGGAUAUAAUGUGGAUGAUGUCAUGAGGUUUGAUGAUCCUAUUGAUGCUUUGAUCAAUGAUCCAGACUCAGAGUUUUCCAAAUUUUGUGGAAAAAAGUACCUACUUGUUGUUCAUCCAAUUAUGGAAGCAUCAUUUUUUGGGAAUCUGGAUUACAGGACACUUGCAUUGAGUGGCAAGCAUCCUAGAACACCAUUCUACCAAAUAUUCGCGAAAAUGGCAAAGUGGGUUUGGGUUUUACAAGGCAUUGCAGGAUCAUUAGACCCCAAAGCAAGAGCUUUUGCUGUCAACAGAGGAAGCAAAUUCUCAGAUGCUUAUAUGGAAUCUGUGGAGGAGGAUAAGGAGGGCGCAGUUUGUUCGGUUCAACCCGAAUCUAUGCGUAGAGUUGAGUUUAUGGUUAUGCCUGGCUUUAAAAUUGGAGAAACAUUAUUGAAGUCCAGAGUUUAUCUAUCCAAAGUAGAAUUCCCUCUUGGUAAAUCCUAGAUGGAGGUGCUUGUUCUGACUGAUUGGUAAUUUCGCAGAGCCUGAUUGUCUUUUGCUUUGAAAAUGUUUAUAGUUAGCUCUAGCCUCUAGCUACUGAGAGCUGUUAUUGGAGUUUUUUUCAAACUGCAGCUUGUUGAGAUUGUUUGAAUUUAGCCCUCAAAGCUGUGAGUUUGUAGUUUCCAAUUGUCAGUUUUUCACAGAUAUAUAAUGUUAUGGAUUGCAUGGAUCCUGUUAAUUUCUUUUUUGAACUGUAAAUAAAUGUCUAGUUAAUUUUGCAA